AUGAGUUCGGUCCUGCGUCUAGGAAGCAAGGACCGUUCGUCCUUCUUGUUCUUCAAGCGACAGAGCCCCGAUAACGCAUCGGAUCUCUCUUCCGACAACCUCGCCCACCGCCUCCCCGACAUCUCACAUGUCGACACUCGAUCUUUGGCGGACCUAUUUGACGAAUUUAUGACCAAAGAGAUCAACGACCUACCUCAAACCCAGGUGCAGCGUCAGGCAACACCGUCUGCCAAGUUGACGAAGGGUAUCAAAUCUAUCUCCUCAACCCAGUCAACCGUUGCUAGGAAAGCGUUGGAUACCAAGGUCGACUUUUUGAAAGUUAAUAUCACCAGGAAUGAUUCCACAGCGUCAUCUUGUUAUUCCCAGCCAAGCCAGAGGGAUAGCGACUGCUCACCCUUAGUCACAAGACAGUCCUCCAGCUCCAGCUAUACCCAGGAGCCCUCAUCUGCCGUACAGAGAACCGUUUCCGUAAAACCCAACACAAUAUCAAUCCCCAAACCACUGGCACAGGGAUUUUUAGGCAAUUUUACGGAAUCUCCUGUGAGCACUCAGCCUUCACCAUCAAGGGCCAAUUCGUCCUCAAUCAGGGUCGUAUCAGUACCCCCAAACCUGGACAAACCACUUCCACCAGGCCCAAUCGACACCAAAAGGGCUUCCACUUCCGCACCGGAUCUCCUUCUACGUCAGUCUCCGGCAGAGCUUCCAUCUGCGUUCCCGAUCCGCUCAACUACGCAUUCCUCCACCAGCGUACAGCGCACGUCUUCUCAACCAGGCAAAAUGUUUUCCACGAGACGGGGUUCUGACGGAGAUGCUGUCGCAGAGCUGCCGGCCUGGUCGUCGAGAUCAGUUCGAGAAGCUCGAUCGGAGACAACUGCAGCACGUGGCCACCACAGGAACCGCUCAGCAUCUGACACGGGAGUCCCGCAGCCUGGACGAUCUGUAGGCCAAAUGUCCAGACGGCACACGGUCGAUAUGCAGAAGCUCGCCUUAGCCGCACCUUUUUCUUCUCGCCCCCCUCAAGCAGCCCUAAAGCAGAAUCGUCGUCCAAUCACUGCAGCGACUGCCGAGCGCGUCAUAUACAGAAUCAUGUGCAGCCUACACAGCGCACAAGACCUCCAGGCAACGGCGAUGGUAAGCAAAGGCUUUUUACGGACCUUUCAACGGAACGAAUCUAAGUUGGUGAGCCGUUUGAUCUUCAAGACAUCACGAGCGGCUUGGGAGCUUCGACGGAGCAUCCUCGCUUUGAAAGGAUCGAACGACUUUCUUUUGAAAGAUUAUCGCCGUGACUGCCGAACCCUCGACGCUUUAAAAGCAUUUAUUGUGGCUCAUUGCAGUUCGAGUUGCAAGCAGAGUACCCUCGUUGGUCUUCUUGGUCAAGAUGAUACCCGAAAAUCUCAGAUUGAUGAUGCAUUGUGGCGCAUAUGGACGUUCUGCACUUUAUUUGGAGACUCAGUUGGUCAGUCUGGGCCUGCUCAAACGGAAAUCGAUUGGCUCAACGGCAGCAGAGCGGCCAACAACAAGCAGCUAGGUGCUGGGUUCGCAAUUGGCAAUGGGAAAGGACUUAUGACUCACGAACUUGAAGAUAUGAACGAGAUGUGGCAGUGCUUGCAAAUUCUUGUGUCGGGUUUCCGGGGUCGAGAACAUGAAGCCAAGCGAUAUGGAGUCUUUGACAAUUGGCACUUGCGAGAGACAACUUCGGAGUCGCAGCACCUCGCAGAGUGGACCUCGUACCUCCUCGCCCUGGGGCCCCAAACUGUUCUCUCGUUAUGCAGUUGCUCGUUCGAACAGGCAAAGAUGCUCGGCCUGACAAACUGGCCUGUUCCACCCGCAGGUCAAAGUCGGACGUCUUUCUUAACGACGGCAAUUGCCCAAGUCUACCAAGAAAGAGUUCUCGAAGACGCCACUCGGAAGGCUGCACGAAUGUCGAUGCGCCAGAUGCCAGGACAAUACUCAGUGCCUCGAGCCCCGACCCAUCACCCAACCAGAUCUCUCGAUGAGCACCUGGCCUUCUUGCCUUCCACGCGGGCCACGAUUCAGUCACAAUCGCUCCGAAUUGAUACCUCUAGCCAGAAGAGAAGACCGGUCUCCACAAAUGCUCUUGCAGGUGUACGAAUGGAGAUACGCCCAGACUGUGAUCCUGCGAAUACUCGGCAAGAGACCCGACCAGAUUGUGAUCCUAUUUCUGGGACAAACCUGCCUUCCCACCUACUUCCGACGUCGCCCACAGCAGAUCCGACAGUCUAUUAUUCGCUUUCAAUGACUUCAACAGCAAGCACCAAAGUCGGGGCUACAUUAUUCCCCAUGGACUAUGCUAGUCCUACACCUCGUGUUCCUUUUCGUGCCCCUGAGCCGCCCGCAGCCUCGGCCUCCGCUGUUGUGGAUCCAGUAGACAAAGCAAUGAACCUCCUAGUACGUGAAUUGGGGUUUGCUGAAACCAGAGCGAGGAAGGCUCUUGCUAUGUGUGAUUCAGGCUCUGGAAUUGAUUUGCAGAAAGCCAUUGAGUUGCUGACUGUUGACUCGAAAGAUGCUCACCAAGAGAGCCCUUUGCCUGUGGAGCUGCCUACAACUGCGAGUCUCGUCAGUGCUAAUAGGGCGAUGAAGCCGCAGCUGUCAAAGACAUACUGUGAUGGCCAUUGCCAGCGAAUGCCGACCGUCUUGCAUUCCCGGAAUAGAUCCACUGGCACUACAGGUACAGCUACUGAUGUGUCUAUCAGUCCAGUCUCGGCCCUUGCUGAAGGGGAAUGGCAUGAUACAAUUUCACCGCUUCUCAGCGCAUCGACAUUGACCCCUCGAUCGAAGGGCCCUUUGACCUGGGGGCCAAGCAAGGCUAAAGCAUGGAAAGUGCUGGGAAUGGACGGCAUCCCAAAACGGAAGAACUCAGUGCUUCAUAUUGAGGAAUAUCAAGCUAAAGUGGAAAGGCGAAAGAGCAUGCGCGCCAACACCAAUGGAGGACAGCAAAGUCCGAAGAUCAAAGAGGGACUUGGCAAGAAUUUGCUUGGACUGGGACUUGCUAUUGGUAGCAGUGCUGGAUCUAAAUCGGUGGAAGCUCAACUUGAGCGUGUCCGUGACGAAGAGCGACGAAAAAAGGAGAAACACCAUACCAGCUGCAUGCCCAGGUAUGCUUGA